AAUGCUGACGUUUGCCGUGUUGUAACUUUUUUAAACAGGCGUUACAUGUGGUAUUUGGAACUGAAAGUGGUUUUAAGAUUUUUGGCAUGUUGUCGAUUGUCAUUAGUUACGUUUACAUUGCUAGAGUAGUGUAGUUGUAGUUCAUCCAAUCAUUAACCAUACAGAUCUUUUUGGAGAGAAAAAUCUAUUUAUCAGUUAGCUCCUUGUAUAAACAACAACAAUGCCACACUUUUAUUUGUUAAUUACUUAUUUGAUAAGUUUUUUUGCUGGUUUAUGUUCAAGUUGUUCCAACCCAGAGGUAACUUCAACAUCAUUCACAACUCUAGAUGCCACAAUAGUCUCCAAUAUUGCUUAUAUUUCUGAAUUUACUGUGAAAUGCAGCUCUGGCGUGGUUGGAAAUUUAUAUUCAGAAUUGGAUGGAAACAUAUCACCAGUUUCCAUUGUAGGAUCAAAUCAGUACCAAGUGAGCUGGACUGAAGAACCCAAAACAGCACGAAAAGGUGAACGCUUGUUGCGACUAUUUAAUGAAGAUGGUUACACUGCAUACCGGAAAGCAAUUCGAGCAAAAGAAGAUGUUUCAGCCGUACCUGCUCUGUUCACUGUUGUUGUGAACCAUCCAGGAGCAUUUAAUGGCCCAUGGUUAAAGUCUGAAUUCAUUGCUACAAUUCUAUCCCUUGUUAUUGCCUAUUUUGCUCUAGUAUCAAGAUCCAAAGUUGUUUCAUGAAUUUGUUAAUUAGUACUAGUUAUAAUUGUUAUUUUUCAGGAAAUAUUUAUAUCAUAUAAUUUCACAAUUGACACAUUUCAUUCUUAUAAUUUUUUGGAUUUUUUUAUUAAAAUAAAGAGAAAACCCAGUUUAU